UGAUGAAUAGACAGGCAGGGCCGGAGAACUGGAGGCAAAUCCCAAGGAAGUGAUACAUGUGACACUUGGAUCCACUCGACUCACUGACUGGCAGCCUCCCGAGCGCUGUCCCUCUGCAAGGCCAAUGGGUCAGAAAGACUGUGAGAAAUCCCAGAAUGGAGCUGGAGGCUCAGAGACUCUUUGUGUUGUGGGAGAGGGAAGACAUAAGAAGCCAGAGAUGGAAGAGAGGGGGCAGUGGAGCAACAAGGUGGAGUUUGUCCUCUCGGUUGCUGGGGAGAUUAUCGGAUUGGGUAACGUCUGGAGAUUUCCUUAUCUCUGCUACAAAAACGGAGGCGGAGCCUUCUUCAUCCCAUACCUCAUCUUCCUCUUCACCUGCGGGAUCCCUGUUUUCUUUCUGGAGACGGCCCUGGGUCAGUACACCAGCCAGGGAGGGGUCACUGCAUGGAGGAAAAUCUGCCCUCUGUUGGAAGGUAUCGGCUAUGCAUCUCAAGUAAUAGAAGGCUACCUAAACAUCUAUUACAUUGUUAUCCUCGCCUGGGCCUUGUUUUAUCUGUUCAGUUCCUUCACCUCCGAGCUGCCCUGGGCAACGUGCAACCAUACGUGGAACUCAGAAAAUUGCGUUGACUUCGUUGGGAAAUCAGAGAACUAUACGGCCCUGAAGAAUUCUACGUCGCCCGUUGUGGAAUUCUGGGAGAACCGGGUCCUGCAUCUGUCAGAUGGGAUCGAACACCUGGGCAACGUUAGGUGGGAUCUGGCUCUGUGUCUGCUUCUGGCCUGGAUUGUAUGUUACUUCUGUAUUUGGAAAGGGGUCAAAUCCACAGGAAAGGUUGUAUAUUUCACAGCGACGUUCCCUUAUGUAAUGCUGAUCAUCCUGUUGGUUCGUGGAGUCACCCUCCCAGGAGCAUAUGACGGCAUUAUUUUUUAUCUCAAACCAGACAUUUCUCGGCUCCAGGAUCCCCAGGUCUGGAUGGAUGCUGGAACCCAGAUCUUCUUCUCCUAUGCCAUUUGCCAGGGGUGCUUGACUGCACUGGGGAGUUACAAUAAGUAUAACAACAAUUGUUACAGAGACUGCAUGGCCCUUUGCUUCCUGAACAGCAUAACCAGCUUUGUGGCCGGUUUUGCCAUCUUCUCUGUUUUAGGGUUUAUGGCCCGGGAGCAGGGGGUUCCUAUUUCGGAGGUGGCUGAGUCAGGCCCAGGCCUGGCUUUCAUUGCAUAUCCAAAAGCAGUCACCAUGAUGCCUGUGUCGCCUCUUUGGGCUUGUCUCUUCUUCCUUAUGCUCAUCUUCCUGGGACUGGACAGCCAGUUUGUCUGCGUGGAGAGCCUGGUUACCGCCAUUGUAGACAUGUACCCUCAGGUGUUCAGGAAGAAAUAUCGCAGAGAAUUAUUCAUUCUUGCAGUCGCUGUGAUCUGCUAUCUCUUGGGUCUCAUCCUCUUGACCGAGGGUGGAAUGUAUGUCUUCCAGCUCUUUGAUUAUUAUGCUGCCAGUGGUACCUGUCUGCUCUUCGUUGCUAUAUUUGAGGUUGUCUGCGUGGGUUAUGUGUACGGUGCAAAUCGAUUUUAUGAUAACAUAGAAGACAUGAUUGGUUACCGGCCAUGGCCUCUGGUGAAAUACUGUUGGCUGUUUGCCACACCUGCAGUAUGCAUGGGGACCUUCCUGUUUUCUCUCAUCAAAUACAGCCCACUGAAGUACAAUAAUCGCUAUGUUUACCCAUCCUGGGGAUAUGCUAUAGGGUGGCUCAUGGCACUUUCUUCCAUGAUCUGCAUACCAGUCUAUGCCUUUUAUAUCAUCUUCAGGACCAAAGGAUCCUUUAAGCAGAGGCUGAAGCAGCUGGUGACCCCUAACACAGACCUUCCACAGCCCAAGAAGUAUCUCACAGCACGUGCCGAUUCAAAGCAAAUAGAGGUUCUAGGCCUGGAAGCCAAGGAUGGACUCAUUGUGUCUAACAAAGAGACACAGUUUUAAAGGUAUACCAGCAUCUGUCACAGCCUGGUGGCAUUCACUGCCUGGAAGCCUUGUCAUGGGCAGCUCACAGACAGCGUGGGUGUAGGUUCUAUGGAGAAGAAAGUCUCUGCAGUUCCUCUGUUCCUGUGGAACUUCAUUUUCAAGUUGGAAAGCCCUUGCUGCUUCAUUCUAUAGACUGCAUAGUAUAAAAUAGAGACAUAUCUUUCCAUUUAUGUUAUAACCUAGGUCGAAACAUAUCAGAAGUCUUCUCAAUAUUGUGAAAAUUCUGUUAAGGCAAAACCACCCCUGUAUGCCUGGGCGAUUCUUUUGACUCUGUAUUGGCAUCAACCAACUACUCAGGAUUGACAUUGUCUUCUACUUCUAAGAUACUUAUGGCCACCCAACACCAAAUCCAGCACUGUUACUUUAGAUGAGACCCUCCUAGAAGAAAACUUUAUGUUCUACUCCUUGCAAGCCAUAAUGUUGCCUUAAUUACCUUAAAAAUGUUGCCUAAUUAAUUAUAAUUAGUGGCAGAAAAGUGGCAGAUGAAUUUGGUGAGUCUAUUUUGAAGGCCCUCACAAAAUUAUAUCUCUUAAGUCGAAACCACAAAAAAACGAAUUUUGUCAUAUGUUCUACUUGUACAUGCCCCAACUAUUGACCCAUAAGUCCAUAUCAAUGUGUCAAAUGCUGCCCAACUCUCACUUCUUUUUAACCACAUAGUAGGACUGAAUGAGUCCCUUUUCACCAGGUCUUGUAAGCCAUAGCAUCCAAUCAGAAGUUGGCCUUCAAACAGUUGGAGAGGAUUGUGCCAUAACUUACUAGACCUGGUGCAACCUUCAUUACAUCACCCCCCAUGUAUGAAAAGCUCCUCAGAAAACCAACCCAGUAUUCUAUGUUUCAAUAAAGGGUAGAUGAAUCAAGUGCACUGCCAAAGGUUGCUUAUGAUAAAUGCUUCAAUCCUCUAAUAAAAGAUCUACCCCACAUCCAAGGUCAGAAUUAUAGGUGGGAUAGAGGAGAGCACUUCAAUGCAGAUUUACUGCUGUGAGAAGUGUUUUAUUUAAAGGGCAGUAGCGCCCUUUCUAAAGUGUCAGUAUUGUAUGUUACAAACUCAAUUGAUGAGGAACACUCAUAUAACCAGUUUGUUUGCCAUUUUUAUUAGACCUUUGGGGGGUCUCUACGCUUGAGGAAGCAGAACCAAAAGGCUCACUACAUAUAUCGCCUUCCAUGGUGGAAUUUUAUUUUCAAAACAUAUGCAACUGUACUUUGAUGAAGCUAAACCAGAAACAUUCAGGACAACAUUUUUGAGGAGUUGAAUUUAAUUUCCCCAUAGUAUAGAGUAUAUUGAACAUACCCUUCCAUAUCUCCAACCCACUGCUUGCAUCAGAGGCACUGCAGAAGCCAGGCUAGACAUGAUCUCUCUCACACCAUUUUUACCCUCCAUUAAAUCCAUUGCCCUCCCUGCAGACCAUUUUAUGGCCUGUGACAACUGCAAAUGUCUCUUCACAUCAUAUCAAAGCAAUGUCACGGAGCAGGCACACUUUGAUUCUGCAUAUGGUGGACAUAAGAAGGAAACCAAGCGUGGCACAGUUCAGAGAACUGGAACAGAAAUGUUCUUCCAUACAUUGUGUAGCCAAUUAAAACCCUUUCCCCAAAUCCUGUAUUGACCUGUAGGUGAGGACCUACUUCUGCACUGUCAAGAGAAAUAUAAUCACUGGAAUUAUUAUAGCAAAUGAUGCUAGUGACCUCAUUAACUUAUAACUAAAUAAAAUAGAUCAUUUGCCAACAUAACUGCUUAGCAGUAAUUACAGUUAUGGUGUUGCUUCUUUUGGUCAACACAUGAUACUCUUUGGGAUCUAUUUAACAAAAAACUGACAAUUUGAGGGCCUGGGUGUCUUUCUUAGAGGGUUUGGUGCUGAAGUAAAGAUUAGCAUGUAUCCUUCUCAUUGUCUUUUAGUAUUGUUUUGUUUUUAAAUAUGAAAUAUAGCUUGUGAUUUCCUCUCCCUAUAUCAUCAAAGCAUGUAGGGCAGCUCUAACAUAGGGAGAGGAAGCAUUGUAUAAAACAAGUUGGUCAAGAGGCAGGAAAACAACAAACACAUGGACAACAGGCUGUCUGGCUAGAGCUUUCCUGUUGUACUGCCCAGGAGCCAUCAAGAUGGCUGACUUCCCAUUCAGCUUCUGGCCUUUUAUUGGCUAGCUGGUAUGAAUGCUUAAUGAGGAAUCUCAGCACUUCUUAUGGUGGCUGUUGGGAAAUCGCAAAACAAUAUUUUAUAGAAACUAAAGAUAAACAAAAGAGAAAAUAUAGAGUAUUUUAGCAACUGUUAUUUUUUAUUGUGGACUAAACCAAUUUUUUUUAAUAUUAAAAAAUGAAAAUAUAAAUGGAGAAUUAGUUCCAUUUUUACAAGCAGUCUUUUUUUUAAGUUGAUGCUAUUAUUUAUCUUGUACUAGACAUAUCUUCCAUUGUUGGGCCUAUUUUGCUGGGGUCACUGUGACAUACUGUAUAUUGCAGGGGCCACUGUGCUAUAAAAAUUCUUCGUAUCGCUUAAAAGUUAUGAAAUUGGGUUCAGUUGGUGGUUUUGAAAAGGGGUGUGGCUAAAAUAAGUAGGUGUGUCUUAAAAGCUCCAUCAUUUUGACCCACUGCAACCACUGGGGGUGGGGCUGCCUUAAUCUCAAGAAUCAAACAGCGGCUUUAAAAAUGUCCAUUUCAAACCUUUUCCUAUAAAUUCAUUGCUAGCCCAAAUGGACAAAAAUUUUAAUUUUUCAAUGUUUGCUCCUACUAGCUGCUUUGAAGGAUUGAACAUCAGUUUACAAUAAAUUAUGACAGAUGAUAUUAUUUUGCGGAAUUCCUAAGGGAUUGGGGUAUCAUUAAGCAAAUAACACCACUAAUUGCACAACUAGAUAGAUUUUGAUAGGCGCCAUUUUGAAUCCUUGAGUUCCAGUGAUAGUGAUGGUUUCUGGUCCAUAAAUAUUUACUUCUUAUUAACUCAAUCAGUAUAUCAGUAGUAUCCUUGGACAUAAUUAAAUGGAACAUGUACACGAUUCAAUGCUCCCCCUCUACAAAGUGAAGCUGCUGAUAUGGAGAGUGUGAGUAGGUAGGUGAGUAUCUCUCAAAACUACCAUUUUUGGUGGCACAGUCCUGAUUGGAAAUGGACUGGGUUUAAGGUAGAGUGGGUGGGAUUCUUUGGGUAGACAUCACCAUUUACCCUUAAAAGUUUUGAAUGGUUUCGCCAAGGGGCACCUUACAGAGGAAUGAGGUUGGGGUAAGAGAAUGUAGGAGUAUAAGGGAGGGGUGUUGUAAAUCCAAAAGCAUCUUGGCUGCUGUUGCCAUGGGUCUGCCAUUCUUAAACAAGAUGGUGAACUCCACUACCAUAAGGAGCAAUGUGGGGUAAAGUUUAAAAAGAACAAUGAAUGUACGUUUGUAAUUAUUAUUGUCCAGAUGGUUUAUUUUUAAUGACAUUUCAUUACUUGUAACAUUUAUGUUAACACAACCAGAACAUUUUUUAAUGGACACUCACACAUUAAAGUUUUUUUUUUUAAAACUU